GGAACUAUAAAAAGACCAGUUCAGUAACAAUUUCACAUUGUUUGUUAACUUUUUUUCCUUUUUGUAGUUGGUGUGUUGAGGAUGGUUAAUAGUAGUUUUGGUUGGAUAUGGGUGAUGCUACUAUGCAAUUUUUAAAGUUUUUUUUGGUAGUACUCUUAAGCCUUGUUCGUGACAGUACUUCUUCUAAUGUUUAUGGUUAUAGCUCUAUCACCAAUGGAGGCUAUCCUGGAUAUUAUAACCCUAAAGUGGAUAAUGUUAAGCAACAGAUUUUCUACAGCUGGUGUGACCCAAAUGUAGCACAACCAACCAGGCCCCUGGGUUCCAAGAACACUUAUAGCGCUGCAGUUAGGGGAGGAUAUGGUACUGGAAGCCACAGUUCUCAGACUGGCUCUUUGGGUGAAAAAUCUGGUUUUGAUUCUGACACUAGAAGCCAGCUUCAGGGACCUCAAGUUGCUUCAGCUGGAAGUGGCAGUCUUGUUUAUGGUUCUGUAGGUAGUGCAGCGAGCAUGGGCACAUCAGGGUAUGGUUUAAGUCCGUCCGCUAGUGUUCAAGGCUCUGACACCAUGUCUUCUUCCUUGGUCUUGAUGCCAUUUCAGCAAACCAAUGAUUCUGUUCCUAAGCCUGUGCAGCUAACUUCGCAAAUUUCACUGCAAACCAGCAGUGAGCCUAUGGCAAAGCCCAUCAGUCAACAGCUAGUGCAGACCAUAUCCCAGAUCAGUGGUGAGCGACUAGCACAAUCAGUCUCUGGAACCAUACCCCAGUCUAGUGACCAACAACUAGCACAAGCCAGCUCCCAGUCUGCAGUGGACCGUAGGCAGAUGCUUAAGCCUCAGAGAGAUAGACUUUGGCAAAUUGGUUCCAAACUUUUUUCAGUUUCCAGGCCAGUUCAGUAUCCAAGCUUUGGCUUUCCCAGGCCUUUGCAGCCAAAAAAUGAGUCCAUGUCACAACCCAGUUACCAAAUAGUGGAACACGAAGGUCAGUUAGUCAGCCAGCAAUUAGCUGAGUCCAGUGACCAGUCUGUGGUGCAGGCUAGUGGCCAGCAACCAGUACAAAACCUCUACGAAGCCAUAGUUCAACCAAGCGGCCAGCAGCAUGCACAGACCAGCGGCCAACAACUAGCUCAAGCCAUUUCUCUGUUAGUGUCUCAGCCCAGUGGGCUGCAAGAAGCACAGGCCAGUUCCCAGUCUGUGGUCCAGCCCAGCAACCAGCAACUAGCUCAAUCCAGUUCUCAGUCUGUGACUCAGCCCGGUGGACUGCAAGAGGCACAGGCCAGCUCCCAGUCUGUGCCUCAGCCCAGCAGCCAGCAACUCCCACAGGCUGUUAACCUCUCUAUGUCUCAGCCUAGCAAUCAACCAGUGCAAGCCAGUGGCCAGUCCACAGCCCAGACCUCCAGCCAGCAAGAAGUACAGGCCAGCCAAUCUGUCUCCCAGUCCAGUAUCCAGCAACCAGCACAGGGUCGCUAUGUGCCUAUGACUCGGCCCAGUGGCCUGACUAUUUUCAAGCCCAAAAAAGGUAGAUUUCAGUUUGGCCCCAAUGUCUUUUCUAGUACCAGGCCACUUCAGAAACCAAGUUUUAGCUCUGUAGUUCAGUCCAGUAGCCAACAACCAGCACAAGCCAGCUACCAGUCUGUGGCCCAGCCCAGUGGGCUGCAACCAGCACAAGCCAGCUACCAGUCUGUGGCCCAGCCCAGUGUCCAACAACCAGCACAAGCCAGCUACCAGUCUGUGGCCCAGCCCAGUGGGCUGCAACCAGCACAAGCCAGCUACCAGUCUGUGGCCCAGCCCAGUGUCCAACAACCAGCACAAGCCAGCUACCAGUCUGUGGCCCAGCCCAGUGGGCUGCAACCGGCACAAGCCAGCUUCCAGUCUGUGGCCCAGCCCAGUGUCCAACAACCAGCACAAGCCAGCUUCCAGUCUGUUGCCCAGCCCAGUGUCCAACAACCAGCACAAGCCAGCUACCAGUCUGUGGCCCAGCCCAGUGUCCAACAACCAGCACAAGCCAGCUACCAGUCUGUGGCCCAGCCCAGUGUCCAACAACCGGCACAAGCCAGCUACCAGUCUGUGGCCCAGCCCAGUGGGCUGCAACCGGCACAAGCCAGCUACCAGUCUGUGGCCCAGCCCAGUGGGCUGCAACCGGCACAAGCCAGCUACCAGUCUGUGGCCCAGCCCAGUGGGCUGCAACCGGCACAAGCCAGCUACCAGUCUGUGGCCCAGCCCAGUGUCCAACAACCGGCACAAGCCAGCUACCAGUCUGUGGCCCAGCCCAGUGUCCAACAACCGGCACAAGCCAGCUACCAGUCUGUGGCCCAGCCCAGUGUCCAACAACCGGCACAAGCCAGCUACCAGUCUGUGGCCCAGCCCAGUGUCCAACAACCAGCACAAGCCAGCUACCAGUCUGUGGCCCAGCCCAGUGGGCUGCAACCAGCACAAGCCAGCUUCCAGUCUGUGGCCCAGCCCAGUGUCCAGCAACCAGCACAAGCCAGCUACCAGUCUGUGGCCCAGCCCAGUGUCCAACAACCAGCACAAGCCAGCUACCAGUCUGUGGCCCAGCCCAGUGGGCUGCAACCAGCACAAGCCAGCUACCAGUCUGUGGGUCAGCCCAGUGUCCAACAACCAGCACAAGCCAGCUACCAGUCUGUGGGUCAGCCCAGUGUCCUAAAACCAGCUCAAACCAGCUACCAGUCUGUGGCCCAGCCCAGUGGGCUGCAACCAGCACAAGCCAGCUACCAGUCUGUGGCCCAGCCCAGUGUCCUGCAACCAGCACAAGCCAGCUACCAGUCUGUGGGUCAGCCCAGUGUCCUAAAACCAGCUCAAACCAGCUACCCGUCUGUAUUCCAGCAAGUUAGGCCGCAGGAUGCACAAGCCAGCAGCCAACAGUCUUAUGCCAGCUACCAGUCUGCACUCCAGGAGAGUGGACAAACUGUUUUCAAGCCAGUGAAGUCCCAAGGCGGACAACUUUAUCAGAUUGGCUCCAAGCUUUAUUCAUGUCAGGAGUUUGUAUCGCAGCCCAGUUACCAGCUUGCAGCCCAACCAGGACAGACUAGGUAUCAGCCUCCAUCCAGACCUAGUUCUCCAUCCUUGGCUCAGCGUAUCGAGUCUGUUGUACAGGCCAGUUACCAGGCCCCAGUGAAGCCUGGGCAGCCUACCUAUGAGUCUGUGGUGCAACCCAGCCACCAAGUCCCUCCCAGACCACUGCAAUCCACACUCCAGUCUGUUUUCAGACCAGCUCAGCUGCCUGAACAGCCAAGCUACCAGCCCCUAGUGUUUCCAAGCCGACCGCCUCUUGCUCCAAAGGUACAAACAAGCUUCUUGCCUCUCAGCUACCAGCCUCAAAUACUACCUAGCCACCAGUCUUUAGGUCAGUCUGGCUACAAUCCUCAAGCCAUGCCGGUGCAGUCCAGCUACAAGUCACAGGCAAGUUCUGAAACAGUUUCUCAGUCUGGAUACCAGAUGUCUUCAAUGGCAGGGCAGUCUGGUUUCCAGCCUGAAACUCUGCCCAGCCACCAGUCUCUAGCUCAACACAGCUAUUGUCCUGCAGCCAUGCCAGUGAAGUCCAGGUACCAGCCCUAGGUGCAGUCAAAUUAUGAGGCCAUCUCUCAGCCUGGAUUCCAGACCUCAUCAAUGCCUAGGCAAUCAAAUUACCAGUCCGUAUCCAGAUCAAGUUCCAAAGCCCUGGUGCAGCCCAGCAGUCUCAAGUCUUCAAGCUAUGAGUCAAUGUCACAGUCAGUGCAACCUACACUUAAGUUUUCAACACCACUGAAUUACAGGUCUGUCACAGGUCAAAAUGCUCCACCUGCUUGAAGGCAGCAUUCAGCCCAGAGCAGGUUCAGGCUCUUGCAACAAUAGCUGUUUCAUGUUUUUGUGUUUUGAAACUAUCAAUAAAAUCAUUGGCAAAUG